CAUUAGCUGGAAGAAAUAUUUGUUUGACCAUGGGUAAGGUAAAGAAAUCUCACAAUCGCAAUAAAUUUGACUACAGUAAAAACAGAAAGAAACUUAAACGGCAGUUAAAGAAAAAGGAAGCCCCAAGAAUUGAAUGUCCUCAGAUCCGAACUGCGUGGGAUGAUAAGAAGUCUGUAAAGCAGAAUUUAAAGGAAAUGGGUCUAUCCGCCGGACUUAAAGGUGUUCUUCCCAUUAAGAAUACAAAGAGUGAAACGUCUGAGACCCAAGAGAUUUUGAAAAAACCGUACGUUAUCAGAGACCUGGAGGCAGAGGCCAGUCUCCCAUCCAAUACAAAGACUACAUGCUCCACAGAUAUGAUAGAAUAUGUCCAGCAUAUGGUACGAGAGCACAAUGAGGAUUACAAGGCUAUGGCCAGAGACGAGAAGAAUUACUAUCAGGACACACCCAAACAGAUCAAGAGGAAAGUGGAACUGUACAAACGCUGUCACCCGGAAGAAUACGCCGCUUUCAUCGCCUCACUGCAGGCUCGCAAAACCACGUAGGACAACCAGAGAGCCGCGAAGACUGAGAGACCGACCCCCCCCCCUCCCCCCACAGUUAACGUCAGACCUUUCAAAUGGACAGAGGACACGUGGCCUGGGUCGUCAUGUGGUUAUUUGCUGUUGAGGCUUUUUGAGCCGGUGAGCGUGCCAUGUUUAGGAUAUAUCAUAAAUGUCGUCGUUGGGGGUUUAUGCUGUAAACCCUUUACCCAGUUUGUCCAAUGCCCCUGUCUCUGAAGUUCCUCGGAGAAAGCUCCAUCCCUUUACCGGAAUGACGUGUUGAGUGGAAUGUGAACACUCAAAAUAAGGACUGAAAUUCUUCUUCUUUUUUUUUUUUUAAUCCCUCCUAAAAAAGCAGGGAACACAGGUCAGAUGUUCUGAGUUUUUUUUUGUUUUUUUUAAUUCAGCGUGCUUGCCCUGUACAUUGUGCUGAAAACAAACAUUAACAAACUCACACAAUUCACAAAUGUCACUUAUGUACUGAACAAUAUAUUUACACCACUGUUCAAACUGAUUUUUUUUUUUUUUUCCUAUCUUAUGCUUUAGUAAAUGUUUCCUUACUAUACCCUA